AUCACCAGCAGUCCUCGAACCUAGUACCACCUCUCUACCCCCCACGACCGAUUCGAUUGCUGUAUUUCCACGCUUUUAUUUAAACACGACAUCAUGUCUGCCCAGAACUCGGCCGGCAUCAAACAGCUUCUUGACGCUGAGCAAGAUGCUUCCAAAAUUGUCCAGAAGGCUCGAGAGUACCGCACCAAGCGCAUCAGGGAAGCUCGCGAUGAAGCCAAGCAAGAGAUAGCCGACUACAAGGCCAAGAAGGAGGAGGAAUACAAGAAGUUCGAGGCCGAGCACAGCAAGGGCAACGAGCAGGCCGAGGCCGAAGCCAACAAGGACGCCGAGACUCAAAUCAAGAGCAUCCAGGAGGCUGGUAAGAAGGGCCAAGCUGGAGUCGUCAAGAACCUCCUCAGCGCUGUUUUCGACGUCAACCCCGUUCCUCCCACCAACACCAAGUCUUGAGCGGUUCCCCGGCGGAGUCACGGUGUUUAUAAUCACGAGCGUUGUUAGCUCUGCACUUUGGAAGACGAUAGAUUAGGUACGAGGAGGAUUUGUUAUAAGAGAGCAAGACCAUGCGUUCUAUACCGGUCACCCUGCGGCGUUCCACCUGGACGCCUUUUUGAUCAUUAAGUUUACUGAACAAACUCGACUAGAGUGCUCAACA